CCACCACCACUCAGCUCGGAGCCGAGCGACGGUCUCGACGAAAACACACCGACCCGCAGACUGCGAACCAUUCCCGGGCAGAGGCGCUGCGGAACCACCGGGGGGACAACCGAGCCAUGGCGUCGCUGAAGUUGGACAACGGGACUCGGCCUUGACGGGAGACAUUAGCCGCGGGAAGUAGGUUUCACUUGUUAGAUAGAAACACACAUACGGAGAGAGGAGGCGGAGGAGGAGGAGGAGGAGGAAGAAGAGGAGGAGGGGGCCGAGGUGGACUCUCCCUCCCUCCCUCGGUUUGAGCCAGUCCGCCCGAUGGAGGCACCCGGGACCCUCGCAGCGAGCUCCAGGCCCGGUCUGUCACCUGUGAGGCGCCGCCGCCGCCCCGCCGGAGGUCGUGGGUGAAGGAGGAGCAGCAGGAGCAGGAGAAGGAGAAGCACCGCCUGCGCACAUCUGUCCUCAACUUUGGCCGACAACUUGUGCUCCUGGAGCCCGUGUGCUACGAGACAAAGUUCGCAGGUCAGCUCCAGCCAUGACCGACAUAGAUAUCACUUAACCCGGAGGUCAGUCACCUCCUCAGGGCGCCGGGUGCAGGUGCACCGCGCACGACUUUGACUUUUUACUCUGCUUCACAUUUCUCCAUCCGGAUCCAGAUUAAUUGGAUUUUUAUUUUUUUUUGUCAGCUUAUUUGUUUAUUUAAAAUUUUGUACAAAUCAAUCAUGUCACUCAAAGACAAUCCCUGCCGGAAAUUUCAAGCCAACAUAUUCAACAAGAGCAAAUGCCAGAACUGCUUCAAGCCCAGAGAAUCCCAUCUGCUCAACGAUGAGGACUUCAACCAGGCCAAACCCAUAUAUGGAGGAUGGCUGCUGCUGGCACCUGAGGGAACAAACUUUGACAAUCCCUUACACAGAUCUCGAAAAUGGCAAAGGAGGUUCUUCAUCCUCUACGAGCAUGGCUUACUUCGCUAUGCUCUGGACGAAAUGCCCAGCACUCUACCCCAGGGUACAAUCAACAUGAACCAGUGCAGUGACGUCAUCAAUGGUGAGGCGAGGACGGGCCAGAAGAACUCGCUGUGCAUCCUGACCUCUGACAAAGAGCACUUCAUACGUGCGGAAUGUAAAGAAAUCAUCAACGGGUGGCAGGAGGCUCUGACUGUGUACCCCAGGACCAACAAGCAGAACCAGAAGAAGAAACGAAAGGUCGAUCCCCCCACACAGCAGGGUCGAGUAACUCCAAGCCAGUGUUUUUCCACUGGAGACAUGAAUGGACACCCAGAGCCAGGCCCAGCCAAGGUGACAGUGACCAGCAGCAGCAGCGGUGGCGGCAGCAUCUCGUGCCUGCCCAGCAGCAUUGCCGGUGCCGAGCGCGUCCCAAUGAGCCGUGCGACACUGUGGCAGGAGGAGAGUCGCUGGAGCCGGGCCACCAUCCCCUGCAGCCGCAGUGCCUCCUGUCUCAGCCAGCUGAGCCAGAGCCAACCAGACUCCAGUAUCACAACUCAAGACGAUGGUGGCACCAUGAACACUGGGCGCAAAGUACGUGUGGAGAGCGGCUACUUUUCCUUGGAAAAGACCAAGUCGGAGCCUUCUCCAUAUUCUGCACAGCACUCCCAGUCCCCACAGCCGCCUCAGCACCUGCCCCUGUCCUCUUCGGCAUCAUCCUCCUCUUUAGGAGCUCCAAGUCCCAGGUACAACUCUGAGUCAGAACCUCAAUCUUCCCCCUGUCAACCCUCCCAAGACCCCCUCCCUUCUCCAGGUGCCCUCGUCUCCCCCAGCUACUCCACCAUCAGUUCCUCCCAGAGCUCGCUGGACUCCGAUCCCAGCGUCACCUCGCCCACCUGGGAGGGAUGCGUUGGUGGUGGAGGGAGCACUAGUAACGUCGGUAACGGAGGAGGCAGAGUGGGCUGCUCUGGCAGGGAGUAUACAACGCUGUCGGACGUGCCACGGGCUCGCAGACUGAGCUACCGGGAAGCCUUCCGUUCAGACAAAAAGCGCCAAGAGCUGAGAGCACGGACAAGGAGUCCUGGUAGAGAGGAGGUGGCUCGGCUGUUCGGGGAGGAGCGCAGGCGUCCACAAAUCAUCGGGAGGUUUCGGGAGGGUCAGCAUGUUGAACAUAUGGAAACCAGCAGCUCCAGUGAGCCCUCCUCUAACACCGCGCUAAUCCAGAGACAAGGUCGCAGCGAGAGACGCUUUCUAGCCAACAAACAUGAGAUUUCACUGGAUGCAGGAACAGACCAUUCAGCUCCAAGUUUGACCAGUCCCACUUUCUCCAACUUAAGAAGAGCAAAGUCACUGGACCGCAGAGUCACAGAGUCUUCAAUGACACCAGAUCUGCUGAACUUUAAAAAAGGAUGGAUGACAAAGCUGUAUGAAGACGGAAUGUGGAAGAAACAUUGGUUUGUACUAACAGACCAGAGUCUGAGGUACUACAAGGACUCGAUAGCUGAGGAGGCUUCCGAACUGGAUGGGGAGAUCGACCUUUCCACAUGCUGCGACGUCAAAGAGUUCCCGGUCCAGAGAAACUACGGCUUCCAAAUCCAGUGCACAGAGGGAGCGUGCACCCUGUCAGCCAUGACCUCUGGAAUCCGUCGCAACUGGAUUCAGGCCAUUAUGAAGAAUGUGCGACCCACUAUUGCCCCCGACGUCACCCGAUCUCUCCCUGAUGAGAAGAUAAAAGCCCAAGUGAUGUUGGAGCCCUGUCCACAGGCCACCCGUGAGCCAAGCCCUGUUCUUGAGGCCCCAAGGUCUGAUGUCCACAGACAGCCAGCUGGCAACCACGUCUCUGUCCCUCCCUCUGAGCUGCGUAAAAGCCGAGUUCGUGAACGCAGACCAGAGGGCCGCUCCAAGACUUACGACUGGUCUGAGUUCAAGAUGGAGCAGACAGAAAAGCCUGUGAAGGAGCGAGCCGACACCGUUGAUCUCAGCUCAUCGUUCUCCACAACCUCCUCUUAUUGCUCUCCCUCCUCUUCAGCUUCCUCUUUAGCGUCCUCUCCGGUCUCUACCUCCUCAGUAUCAGGGGCUCAUCCACCCUCUAUGACAGAAGAAGCAGAGAAGGGGAAUGUCAGGAGGGGCGCCCCUCCACACAGCACUACUAGUCCAACCCACAUGCCAAAUACUGUUACUGUUACCAUGACUUCCACACUUAAUACAACGCCAACAGUACAGCCAUCAACUUCUGAAAGCCAAGUGCAAGGGACAAUGGAAGUGGACCACCCUACAGCCAUGAAUCCUGCAAGUGAGGAUAAGAAGGGCAACAGAACCUCAGGUGUCCAUAAAGAGAUUGAGCAGCGAUGGCAUCAGGUGGAGACGACACCUUUGAGGGAAGAGAAGCAAGUGCCCAUCGCCACGGCUCCAGCAAACUCUGCUGACUCUGAAAGGUUGCCUGCUGAUGAGCUCACUGCACUGCUAGACAAAGAGUUGGGACAGAAGCAAAAGGAGCUGGACCAACUACAGAAGCAGAACAACCUUUUAAAAGAGCAGCUGGAUGAUGCGCUAGGGAGAGAACACAGUGCCAGAGAUGGCUAUGUACUGCAGAGUGCAACACCCCCCUCCUCUUCGCCGCACAGAGUGCCAUGGCAACGCUUGCACAAGCUUAAUCAAGAUUUGCAGAGCGAAUUGGAGGCCCAAAAGCGCAAGCAGGACCUUGCUCAGCAGCAGAUUCGGACAUUAAAGAGAAGCUACACCGAUGCCCAGGACGCUGUAGACCGCCACGAGGCUGAUAUUCAGGCUCUGCAGGGUAAACUAGCAUGUGCAAUGGCUGAAAUCUUGGCCAGUGAAGAGGCUGUGGCCCGAAUGCGCAAUGAGCUCAAGUUAGAGCAGGAGCGUUCAAAGGAACAAGAAGUAGAAAAUGGAAAUAGUGAGGCCACCCUACGUGCCCAGCUAAAGGACAGUGAGGACAAACUCCGUGAAGUAGAGGCCUGCCUCUUAGAGAGGAACCAGGCCCUCAGGCACCUCGAGCACCAGCAGGCCCUGCAACGAGACCACAUCAGAGAGGUACAGAGGUUGCAGGAGAGGCUUCAAGAGGUGACUGCUCGACUAAUUGCUACUGAGGAAGGCCAAGCUUUGAAGGAGGAGCGUCUGAGGAAGGAGCAGCAUAGCAUGCAAGAGAGUCAUGAGAGGGAAAGACAGAAUCUCUGCAGAAAAUUAACUCAGGCUGAAAUCACCCAGAAAGAGAUGGAGGACAAUCUGCUUGAGGCCGAGCAGCAGGUAGAGGCUCUGUUGAGAGGGAGGCGCUCCUCCGCAGGCAAAGAAUGCAGUGAGGAAAUGUUGAAGUUACAAGAGGAACUGACUCAUAAGAUUGACAUGGUUGAGUCACUGAGGGAGAGCGUGCGGAGGCUGGAGGAAGAGAAGAGCCACCUCACUUGCCGUUGUCAGGAGCUUAUCAACCAGAUUGCAGAAGCUGACCGUGAGGUGAAUAAGCUUCGCAAAUGUCUGGAAACUGAAGAGGCUGAGUACUACACGCUGGAGCAGUCAUAUGAUAGGGCUACUCAGGAGUUUAAGAAAAUGAGUCAGUUCCUUAGAGAAAAGGAGGAAGAGAUCCGGCAGACUAAGGAGAUGUAUGAAAGGCUAGUGGAACGCAAGGAAGAGGACCUAAAAGAGGCACUUAUUAAAAUGACAGUACUUGGCAGCAGCUUGGAGGAAACGGAACAGAAGUUGCAAGCAAAGGAAGAUUUUCUCUGUCAAAUGAGUCGGAGCCUCUUAGAAAAGGUUGAGCCCUGUAGUGCUGAAAAGGAUCUGCAAGCCAAGCUCGUGGUCGCAGAGGACCGUAUCGCGGAGCUCGAACAGCAUCUCAAUGCUCUGCAGUUGGGCUACGCUGACCUACAAAUGGAAAGACAUAAGACCCCAGAGCUGAGGAAAAAGGGAAGGGUCAAAACAUCAGCCUCCAUAUCACCAAACACAGAACUUUCUCUUUCCUUUAACAAUACAUCCAAGUCAGAGAACGCCCCAGAUGAUCAGGAGUCCCUAGCUAAGAGAUCAAGGAUACGUUUUUCCAGUAUUCAGUGCCAAAAAUACAUAAGCUUAGAUGGCCUGGUCACGGGCCAAGCAAGUAGUGGUCAAGUGGAGACAGGACAAAAAGAUGACCAAGAUGUAAGUCAAGACAUCGGUUUAACUGGAGGAAAUAUCUCCUCUGAUAUGCCGCAUACCAGUGACCCAGAGAAGUUUAUCUCCAUCAUACAUGCCCUCGAAACUAAACUUCUUGCCACUGAGGACAAGCUAAGGAACCUCACGCAUAAUCUAGAGGAGCAGCAAUCCACCCAAGUAGACGACAUGUCCAAGAUUGAUGUACAGAUGACCGAAACAGACCAUCAGCCAGAGAAAGAGUUGAGUUGUGGGAUACAGAGUAGUUGUCUUGCCAAUAAGCAUUAUGCCAAGGCCCUGAUGUGCGUUGAAAAGAGUCGAGAGAAAGUCAGUGUUAUUCUCACUGGUUCUCAUACUUCCACUGGUUCGCAGCUGCAUUCAUUGUCGGAGAUAGAGAGCGAUUUGUUCAAUGCAUCACUUUACAUCCAACAAGGACAAAAGACGUUGGAAGAACAAACACCAGCUGUCCAUCAGAAUCAAACUCCAGAGACUCGAGAUAGAGAAGCUCUUCAGCUCUUUGCCAAAACCUUGUCUUUUGAGGCAGUAAUUUUGAAUAAAAUGGCUUUAUUGAUACAAACGUCAAAGUCUGACAUUCUACAUGCUCUGGCAGAGAUAUGGGAAGACAUCGACAACAUUAAAAAGAGUGACAAAGAUUGUUUGGCUAUAGUUUAUGCUGAUGUCUUGACCAGGAAGCUGAUGUUAGAGAGUGCGUUCCGGCAGGAGUUGGAGAAAACUGAAGCAGAUGUUGCAAAAUGCAAAGAGGGCAGUGCGUCAGCUGAUGUAAAUGAUGCCACAAUCUUUAACACCUUCAUUAAAGCAGAACUAGUCUACUCUAUUCAAAACCUUAAGCUUUGCUAUGAAGAGAAAUUCAAAAUACUAAAAAGGGAGUUGACUGAAGCUCACACAAACCUAAAUCAAAGGGAAAUGGCUCUGAAAGCGAUUAUUGAAGCUUCCAAAACGCCUGAUUUGAAAAAUGUAAUAAAAGAAGUCAAAAAUAACUUUGGCUUUAAUAAACAAAGGUUAGCUGACGUUCAACCCCCCGAGCUUGCUCCUUACAUGGAGCAGAUUGAAAUGGAAGCAGCGAGAGACUUGGCUGAGAAAAUUGUAGACCGACACUUGGCUGAAGAAAUGCCCUCUUGUGGUCUUGACUCUAUUGAUACGCUGCAAAAUGCACAUGAAAAUCUGGCCAAUGAGCUUCAGCGACAAGCAGCAAUCCUCCAUAAGUACGCUCAAGAGAUGGAAGGUGGUGAAACCCAUCCAGGGCUGGCUAAAAUGAUCCGGGCUCUUUUUGGGCAGCAAACCUCGGAGAAUUUCUCUAGUACCUCUCUUUGUAUGCGUGAAGCCCUUAUUCAGGCUCAGGUGGCCUAUGUGGCAUGUAGGUUACGGGCAAUGCAUGAACAAGACUUGGGUUGGUGCAAACAGACGGGUCAGAACAUGGAUGCUCUUGUCCAGCAGCAUGCUCACAAUGUCAGUGCAAUCCAAGAAAAGUUUGAAGCAUCCUUACAGGAGGAGCGCCUGAGUUUCACGCAGACAGUGGCAACUAUUGAAAUGGAGAACCAAACCCUGAGGAGUGAGAUCAGCAAACGUGUGAAUCAGCUCUCCCAGCAGCAGGAGCAACUGGCCCUCCUGGAGGAACACUACCGGAAGGACACUGAAAACAUGAAUCAGAUGCACAAGGAAGAGCUACAGCGAGCAGAGCAAGGCUGUGCUUCAACAGAGCUGGCCCUCAUUGAGACAUUGGCCGACAGCCAACAAAAGUUAGAGGUUCUGCUGGUGGACAUGGAUACCAUGAAAGAGCAGCAACAGGGUCAUGUGAAGAAACUGGAGGAGCAGUUUGAACAGAGGAUCUGUGAGCUCCAACACAUCCACACAGAGGAGAUUGAAAAGUUACAUUCCCAGUAUGUUGAAAACAUUCAGUGUCUCAAAGAGCACCUGCAGGUCAAAAAGGGUCCUGAGGUUUCACACUCACUACCCUGUGAUGAGGCCAUAAUGCCAAUGGAAGAGGAGGAGCAGGGGAAGGGGGAAGAUGCUCAAAGUAUGUCCGAGGUGGACUCAAUGGUGGUUCUCAAGGACCGGAUCCAGGAGCUGGAGACUCAGAUGAACUCCAUGAGGGACGAACUGGAGAACAAGCACCUCGAAGGAGAUGUGGCCAGCCUGAGAGAGAAAUACCAGAGAGACUUUGAAAGUCUUAAGGCCACGUGUGAACGUGGGUUUGCUGCAAUGGAAGAUACCCACCACAAGGUGAUAGAAGACAUCCAGAGGCAGCAUCAGAGGGAGAUCUCCCAACUCAUGGAAGAGCGAGAGAGACUCUUGGCUGAGGAAACUGCUGCGACAAUUGCUGCUAUUGAAGCAAUGAAAAAUGCACACAAGGAGGAACUGGAGAAGAACCAGCGCUCCCCAGUGAGUGGACUGAACUCUGACAUCGAUGAGCUUCGCUUACAAUACGAGGAGGAGCUGCAGUCCAUCCAGAGAGAGCUGGAGGUGUUGUCCGAGCAGUACUCUCAGAAGUGUCUGGAGAACGCUCACCUGAACCAGGCGCUGGAGGCCGAGAGGCAGGCCCUCAGGCAGUGUCAGAGAGAGAACCAGGAGCUGAAUGCUCACAACCAGGAAUUGAAUAAUCGAAUGAGUGCGGAGAUCAUCCGGAUGCGCUCCUGUUACAGCGGUGAAAUGGCGCUGUCACCACUUACCCAAGGCAAAGAUGUGUAUGAACUAGAGGUGUUGCUACGUAUUAAGGAGUCCGAGAUCCAGUAUCUUAAACAGGAAAUCCACUCUUUGAAAGAUGAGCUGCAGUCUGCUUUAAGGGACAAGAAAUAUGCCACAGACAAAUAUAAGGGCAUCUAUACAGAGCUCAGCAUAGUGAAAGCAAAGGCUGACUGUGACAUCAGCAAGCUGAAGGAGAAACUGCUCAUUGCCACGGAAGCUUUAGGCGAGAAGACGGUCGAUGGAACAGUCACAUCUGGAUACGGUACAGAGAAUAUCAUGAAAUCAAAGAGUAAUCCAGAUAUCAUAAAAAAAGGAAAAUCAGCAGCCUCCAGGCAACUGAGAGGCAUAAGGUCAAAGAGCCUGAAAGAGGGACUUACUGUGCAGGAGCGCAUGAAGCUUUUUGAGGCAAAAGAUUCCAAAAAGAUUUGAACAUCAAGAAUCUGAAGUCUCUCUUUCCUUGUCUUGGUUUCUGGUCUGAAAGAGCAGCAUCAGCUGAAGACUCUCCUAGGAAAUAGAGACAAUUCUUCACAAAGGUCAAUUCUGAACAGGGACCUGCUGCUUCCAUGCCUUUGUCAUUAGUUUGAUUGAUUUUUUUUUAAUUAAUAUAAAACAGUUUUAUUGAAUAAAUCCUGUGUUAGAUCUCUUUAAAGAAUAUAUAGAUGUAUAAUCUGUCCAAACUGGAGACGUGUCAAAUAAGCUGUGAGAGGGAUUCACGACAACAUUUUUAUUGAUCCUCCAAAAUGCCAAAACAGCCAGCAGUACACAGUAUAAGUAAUAAUAUAUAUUUCCCAAUAAGAAUUAAGUAUCUGCUGUAUUUUAUUAUUGUUACAUUUUCUAUAUCUAAUGAUUUUAAAUGUGUUGAAAGUUGCACCAGUUGUGUUGUACAUAACUACUGGAUAUAUGUCAGAGUAUGGUUUGCUGUUGAUCGUUGGGGGCAUCUGCUGUAUUAUAACUAUGGUUUGACUGGUAGUGGAGAAACAAUGUGAUGCUUAACUUGCUUGUGUAUGAGAGUUUUAUAGGAAACAAAAAGAUGGAGUGUCUGUGUGUGAAGGGGGAGAGGGGGGGUAGGGAUUGCACUUAUCACUUGACUACUUGAGGAAGCUUUUUUUUUUGUCUCAAAUCGGUGUAGUGGCAUUGAGUCGAUUUAUUGCAGUGCAACCAAACAUCCUGACUUCUGUAGUGAACAGCCGUGACUUGUUAGUGAUACUGGAUUUCAUUUUUUUUAUUUUUAAAGUUUCUUUAAACCUGAAUUUGUGUUUGCUCAGUUUCGACUCAUGAUGUGAGAGGAUGUCAUCUCAUAUAAAAACCAGUUGGGACUUUGCAUGACUGUACAGAACUGCAGAAUGAUCACGUUGCCUCAUUUUCCUACUUUCAUGCUUUAGUGUGGAGCUCUUUGACACUUAUUAAGCUUGGCUUUGCAAGUCCUACUGCUUAGGUGUUGAGAUUGAAAUGUUUUUACUGUAAGCGGCAGUCUUGAAGCACUUGGCCCAGUCCCUGACCUCCCACUGAAAUCUAGUCGUGCCUCAACUGAGUGAAGAAUAUAAACAUCCAUAAAACCCGUGCAGCUAUGGAUACACACUGUAUAGUAUUCAAACCACGCCUUGUAUAUAUAUAUAUGCCACACAGACGACUUCUGUGUUUUGUUUUAAACUUGUACCUUGCUCACUAGCUCUAUAUGAAAUAUAUAUAUAUGAAUAUUUUUUAUUUUCAUUUGAAUGUAUAACGUCAAAUAAAUGAAGUGUUUGGAAA